AUGAAUAUGAGACGAAAUGGAAAGAGGAGAAGACUCAAGAUAGGUAUUAGGCCUCAGCUUAUUAUCCUUGUGGGUUUUUCGUCCCUCUUUUCGCUUCUUAUCUUGGCCUUGGUAGCCGGUGUGUACUUUUCCAGUAACUUGGCCAACUUGCGUGCCGAAAGGCUAGAGGUCAUUGCCCAGAUUAAAAAUACCCAGGUUCAGCAGUCCAUCCAAUACAUUUUCUACCAGACAUAUUGGCUCUCCACAAAAGACGGCGUCAGCGAACCCCUUUCCAACUACAGGGCAGGUAACAACUCCCGUGCUGUGUUCAGCGAAGCCCAGCUCGCUUUGGACUCCUUCCUUUCAUCGUCAGAGAUGUUUGCCCUGGCUGCAUUAUACGACUUGGACUCCAACGUCGUGGCAGAGUCCAGAAAUAAUAACACAAACGUGCUGUCGGCACUUGACUCCGUUCUCUAUGCCUUGGCUGAGAACACUAGCAUCCCCUCGGCGGUUCUUGAUAACCGUAACCAAGCGACCGACACGAGCCAGCCCAUCACCAAUGCAUAUUUCACGGGUCCUCUCCCGAAUGAUACCUCCACUAAUGCCACAUACUUUGUGGGUAUCACCAUACCGGUUUACUCCAACACAUCCAUCAUUCUAGAAUCGGCCGCUAUCGCCGGUUACCUUACGGUAGUGGCCAACGCAGAAAUGAUCAAAAGCUCACUACUGUACUACACGCUGUCUGGCGAUAAUAAAUACUCCGUAUCGCUAAUAAAAGGGUACUACCAGAACGAAACGGUUGCAGGUAUCGGCCGUUAUGCGAUCGGGUUCGAGCUACUAUUUCCGGUUGAGGGAGAAAACUCCAUGGUACCUAAUCGUUACUACCCUAUAGACUCCUCGGAAGUCGUUAAACAUGCACUAGUAAAUCAGCAAGGUGUUGUUCAAAACGCAAAAUCAAUGAAUAAAGGAAAUGUCGCUGCGGGAUACGCAACCAUGAAUGUUGAUGCUCAUAACUAUUGGACAGUGAUGAUUGACCAGAAGCGUUCUACUUUCCAAAGCCCCAUGAAGAAGCUACAAAAUAUCAUGAUCGGUGUUGUAAUCGGUAUUGGUGUUUUCAUGUGUCUCAUCACUUUCCCCUUGGCUGUUUGGUUCGUGGCUCCAAUCACUCGCCUUAAAAAUGCUACAGAAGCCAUUACGCGAUCUCGAAAGAAAAAUAGAGGCUCCCACGGGUAUGGGGCCAAUCCCUACGAUGGUAGCGGUGGUGGCGGUGGUGCAGCAAUUGGAGCUGUUGGAACUGCUGAAGGUGACCACUCACUACCGGACACGCCACCAGAUCAUGACCCUGAGAAGGCCCUUGAGAAAACAAGUCAUUCAAAGAGGAAUUCUGUUCAUUCGGUCACAAGUGGUUCCACUGCAUUUUCAACAGGCAUCCGCCUUCCGGACCGUAUCCCACCAUCUAAGAAGCUUUUCAAGGAUGAGUUAACAGAACUACUGGAUGCCUUCAACAUCAUGACUGCUGAACUUGAAAAGCAAUAUACCCAUCUCGAAGAUCGUGUCAAGAUGAGAACCAAAGAGCUUGAAGCCUCUAAGAUUGAAGCCGAAGCUGCUAAUGAAUCCAAAACGGUUUUCAUUGCCAACAUUUCCCACGAACUCAGAACUCCUCUUAACGGUAUUUUGGGUAUGACCUCCAUUGCCAUGGAUGACAACGAUCCCCUGCUGAUCCAUGACUCCCUUAAAUUAAUCCAUAGAUCGGGUGAACUUUUGUUGCAUAUCUUGACUGAACUUUUGACCUAUUCGAAAAACACUUUGAACCGCUCAAAAUUGGAGAAGUCCAAUUUCCAGGUCUUGGAAAUCCUCUACCAGAUCAAAUCCAUUUUUGGCAAGCUAGCCCUUGAUCAGCGUGUCAAUUUGAAUAUUAGUCUUAGACCUAAUAUUCUCAGAAAGCUCAUUCUUUAUGGAGAUUCUAACAGGAUUAUUCAAGUUGUCAUGAACCUUGUCUCCAACAGUCUUAAGUUUACUCCAGUUGAUGGUUCUGUUGACGUCACUUUCAAACUUUUAGGUGAGUAUGACCAUGACCGCUCGAAGGCCGUCGACUAUGAAAGAGUCUUCGUGAAGAAGGAUGAGUUUUUGCUGACUCCGAACGAAAUGCCUCCACUUUCCAAACAUCAAUCGGGCACUGCAAGCCAACGUCGUGCGCUGGAUGUUAAUGCAAACGGUUUCUUUGCUGCAAAGAAGAGUGAAAUUGGAAGUAAGACUAGUCAUACCAGAGCUAGGGAUGAUGAUGAUGCUCAGAGUAUUGUUACACUUUCGACUGCUGAGUAUGAGAAUGCCAUCUUCAAUUCUCAAUUUAACAACAACAAGUCCUUACCUGAUACCCCUCGGUCGAGAGCCCUGGUUUCACCAGCAACAUCAGUUAACAGCAGCUCUAGCGUGAACAACAGGGAAGUGAAAACACCAGCUCUGCAGAACGGUAGCGCACCCGUUUUGGGACGUGACCAUUCGCUGUCUUCUCUUAAAUCCAUGAAAUCUGAAAAUGCCAACGCUACAGUUGAACUCGAGAAGCUGACAUCUACUGAGGGUACCGGUAACAGAGAUGACCAUAACGAGACUUCUAGUUUACCAUCUAAUGAUAAUUAUGAGGAUGCCAAACCUACCACUGAUGAAAAGAGGCCCAAUACAAGCCGCAGGCCUCUGGAGCGGCCAUCUCUUAAUGGUUUCAUUUCGAAUAGCGAGUUGGUGAAGAAUGACAAGAUUUACAGAAUGAGAAAGCUUUACAUUCCAAGAUCAUGGGUUCUUCAGAUUGAAGUCAAGGAUACUGGUUCUGGUAUCGAACCAGCUUUGCAAGAAAAGGUGUUUGAGCCAUUCAUUCAGGGUGACCAGACACUCUCACGAAGCUACGGUGGUACUGGUCUCGGUUUGUCUAUCUGUCGUCAAUUGGCGAGAAUGAUGAAGGGUACUUUGACUUUGAAAUCAACUCUUGGCCAGGGUUCUACUUUUACCUUCACCGUCCCCUUGCCCCAAAAUGGUGAGAUUGUUGUUCCAGAUUACGAGAUGGAAGAGUUCAGCAAUGAUGUGUUCAACCCAGAUUCCAAGGUGAACAAGAAGGUAGCAUUCGAGUUUGAUGAGGAAGUUGAACCCAAGGAGGAACCCGUUAGCAUUCCAAAAGUACAAGAGACACCUGCUGUCGAAGAGAAACCUUCAGCUAAUGGAAACGGACCACCUUCGAAUCCUACUUCUCCUCUGAAGCGCAGCUUACACAUCAAGCUUCCUCAGAGACAUAACAGCCAUCUUUCCUCCACCGGUACGGCUGAGCACAGCAAGAGUGGAAUUAGUUUCCUUGAUGACAUGUCACAUCUCAGAAUCUUGGUUGCCGAAGAUAAUUCUGUUAAUCAAGAAGUUAUCCGAAGAAUGCUUCGUCUUGAAGGAUUCCAUAAUGUUACCAUGGCCAGUAAUGGUCUUGAAGCUGUUGACUGCAUCAAAAACUCGUACGACACCGGCGAGUCUUUCAACAUCAUUUUCAUGGAUGUCCAAAUGCCUAAGAUGGAUGGUUUAACCGCCACCAAGCUUAUCAGGAACAACCUCAAGUUCCGUAAACCUAUUAUCGCACUUACAGCUUUUGCAGAUGAGAGUAACGUAAAGGAGUGUUUGAGCUCCGGUAUGUCUGGCUUCUUAUCCAAGCCGAUCAAGAGAACCAACUUACGUCAAAUCAUCACUGAAUUUAGCACCGAAGUGUUGAGCGAGAUUGUUACUACCCCUGUGACGUACACUGAUGACGACGAGAGAAGACUAGCGUAG